UAAAGACUUUAGUCUAGCCAAGUUCAGGGGGUUCCAGUGCGAUUUUGCCAUUUGCAAGGAGCGCAAGGAUUGGGAGUAAUGUCAGCGUCGGGUGUUGUGUGUUCCGUUCCUGUGGUGCUCGGAGUAGUUUCAAAUGCCGUCAAAGUGGUUACGAGAGCUGGACGCAUAAUCAAGGACAUCCUGAACACAGGAAACCUUGGAAUUGUUGAGAAGGGAGUAAACGACUUACAAACUGAGGCCGAUCGUUCCGUCCAGCGUUGCAUUGUGUCUUCCCUAUCCAGGCAAUUUCCGAGGCUCACCAUCAUAGGAGAAGAAACGCUGGAGGACAGUGCAGUGGAUGAAGACUGGAUAAUUAGUGACCAUGACAAGGAUGUGCUUGCGGUAUCGCUUCCUGAACAUCUGAGAGACGUCAAGGAGGAAGAUAUUGUUGUUUGGGUGGACCCACUGGAUGGAACCAAUGAAUAUACUCAGGGUUUUCUGGACCAUGUGACAAUCCUGGUGGGGAUUGCAGUUGGGGGUAAGGCAAUUGGGGGUGUGAUUCACCAGCCUUACUACAACUACCAGAGCACAAAAUAUCAGGUGGAGAAGGAUGUACUGAAGCAGGGGCGUACCAUGUGGGGCAUAGUUGGAGUGGGUGCCUUUGGCAUAAAGGCUGCCGCUCCCCCUGAGAACAAGCGGAUUGUUACCAUCACCCGCUCUCAUGUUACCAGUAUGGUGACCCGAUGCCUCGGUGCCAUGCAGCCAGAUGAAGUGCUUCGUGUUGGCGGUGCUGGACACAAGGUGCUUCUGUUGAUAGAAGGGAAGGCUCACGCUUAUGUGUUUCCCAGCAACGGUUGCAAGAAGUGGGACACGUGUGCUCCCGAGGCAAUUCUGUGUGCCACUGGUGGCCUCCUUACAGAUAUCCAUGGCAAUAAAUAUGAAUAUCACAAGGACGCUGAACACCCUAAUUCCAGGGGACUGUUGGCUACAAGUAUUGCAAGUCAGCACUCCUGGUACCUAUCUCAUGUACCUCAGGAUAUUCGGGACCAUUUUAAGACAACUUCAGGAACAAUGUCUUUGAAAUGAUGAUAUCUGGUGCUAGAGGACAUAAUACUAGAUUCCUACCAUAGCGAACUGUUGUGGUAGCCUAGCAGAGUCAUACAUCUGUCCAGUGUGACAUGUGUCUUGCUUAUUACACCUGUACUGCUUCAUAUUGGUGGGAAGUUAUUGCACAGUAGCAUAGUUUGUUUGAAUGGAGUAUUUUCUUUCUUUUUUCGCAAACAAUAAGAAAGAGCUAUGCUAUGCUUUCUUAUCCUUCUUGCAUAACUUCCUUAUUUUCCUUUCCUUAUUGUAUAACUGUGUAGUACGACUAGUAUGAAAGUGGGAACAGUCAGUGGCAUCAGUGGCCACAGUGGGAAUCUGUGCUAAGACCGGGAGCUUAAUUUAGUUUAUUCGGUAAUUAUUGUACAAUAACAUGCACGUUGUCCAGAAGUUGUUCAGAGUAGCUGUGAAUGUGCUUUCAUUCCAUUGCCAGCUGCCAAUGAUUUGAACAAGAAAAUCACUAAGCACUCUUUCAGUAAAAGCUAUUGGAGCAAGCUCUUUUUCACAGCUCACUUCACAGUCACAAGGAACAAUAUCAAGUAACAGAUCUUUUUUACACACUCGCACUCAAGUUCACUUAUGUACAUACUUGUGGUCAAUACAGUGAUUGGUUUUGUA